AAUGGAAACCUCCUUCAUAGAAGAAGUGGCUGCCUCGUUGGUUAGAGAGUUCCUCAGCAGGAAGGGUUUGAAAAAAACGAGCACUGCGAUGGAGGAGGAGUUCCCACGUACAGCCCUGAGCAUCAACAACAGGAACGAGCUUCGUAACGUUUUACACUUGCAAGCCUUGUACAAAGAGAACAAGGCAAAGCAGAAUCCUCUAAAAUCAAUUCUUGAAAUUAUGACUAACUUCUUUCUGGAGCAUACAAGCAGCCAGAGGAGCAGCAAAGGGUGCACAUCUCCCCCGACCAGAUGUACAGAAAGCACUCCAGUUAAGACUUCUCUCCCUGAAGCUACCCUGGGGCAAAGAGUAGCUGAAAGAAGCAAAAAGGAGACCUACAGGUACGAGAUCGAAGAGGAAACAACCCUUCCAGCUGGCCUUCCUCAGAGGCAUCCUCACAGGAAAAGUGAGAGGAGCAGGACUUGGCCAGCACUGGAGGGCAGUGCACCUGCUAAGGGAGAGAAGAAACUUGCCGACCCUUGUGAGGACUUACAACCCCCGGGAUUGCCUUUGGAGACAAGAGCUACCAUGAGGGAGAGGCUCCAAGCCAGGCCUGGCGGUCUCAGUGUCGGAGAGAUGGGCACGUCUCAAGAGGAUUCCUUGAAAAGAAGGACCCUAAAGCGGCCCUCUGGAAUUGGUGCGGCAGUGAAACCUAGGGGGGAAGGCAGUACCACGAACUCUUUCACCGUGCCAGCGGAUGAGAUCAAAGAAAUUUCCGGGCAAUCUGCAAAUAUCUGUUCCCGCAGUGACAGUUCCCUUGGCAAAAGCAAGGAUCAUUCACCCAAUGUGCUGCCUAAGACCUACACAGACUCAGGUGUCAACAGCUCAGCCAACAGCAAAGACAACCCAUUUUCCAAACUGGAAUCGGAGAUACAACACGUUCAGCAAAGGAGACCUGCGUCCAACUACAGUAUGGAGAGGAAUGAAGAAAUCCACCAUUUAAACACUUUCCAGAGACAUAUGGCAGCUGGAAGCAAGAGUAGAGCCAGAUCCCCUGCAAAGAGUGAAUAUCAAUUUUCGCAUUGCAGAAAGACUCCUAUAUCCGCUUUCAGCAGAGACCAGCUUCAUAAAGAUGCUUUGGAACUUGUUGAUGUUGAGGAUGAAGAAGCACUGGAGGAGAUUUGCCAGGUUCCCAAACCUUCCCUUCUCUGUAUACUCCAAGUGACUUCAAAGCCCGUUGACUUCUACCUUGCAAGAGACCUAAAAAUCCUGCUGUUCGGCUCCAGCCUCGGCUGCUUCAGCGAGGAAUGGAAAAUCCAGAGCUUUGCCUUUAACAAUAAUCCUCAGCUGAAGUAUGGCCUCGUACAAAAAAAGGGUGGCCCGUGCGGGAUCCUGGCAGCGGUUCAAGCAUGUGUCCUGCGACAUCUUAUCUUUGGAGACAGUAACAGGAACAGCCGCGCUUGGGGCACCGAGCUGUCGGAAGCGCACCGGACCAGAUGCCUCGCUCUGGCCCUGGCCCGCAUUUUGUGGCGCGCAGGCGGCGACAAGAAAGCAGUGAUUGCCCUGUGUGCUGGAAUUCAGCAGUUCAGCCCUGCAGGCAAAUACAAAGCCGAUGGAAUCUUGGAAACGCUUAAGUUGCACUUCCUCACAACCUAUGAAGACCUACUGAUGUUUCUCCAACAACAUAUUCAUGAGUUCGAGAUUGGACCGUACGGGUGCAUUCUACUGACGCUGUCCGUGAUACUAUCAAGAUCCAUCGACCUAGUCCGUGGAGAUUUUGAUGUGAGCACAAACCAACUGAUCGGGGCACAUGGGUACUGCACGCAGGAGCUGGUCAACCUGCUGCUGACGGGCAAGGCCGUGCCCAACGUCUUCAACGACACGAUGGAGCUGGAUGCCGGGAAUGGGAACGUCACCGUCUUAAAAGGCAUCGCCAGCCGCAGCGAGAUUGGCCUGCUGUCCCUCUUCGAGCACUACAACGUCUGCCAGGGCGUGGCAGCCACAUCACGUGUGAAUGAUGGCGCUGGGCCUGGUCAGCCCCAGCGCUUACCUCUCACUCCCUUUUCCCCACCAGAGUCCGUGGAGAUUUUGAUCUGCAGCCCCUUCCCAGGCGAAGGCCCUGGAGAAGGACAGGCCUGCCCCACCAAAGCCCUUCAGAGAUUCUGGCGCCCCUCUGCCCACCCUCAUGCCCCUCUCUCCCCUUUGACCCAGGAGCUGGUCAACCUGCUGCUGACGGGCAAGGCCGUGCCCAACGUCUUCAACGACACGAUGGAGCUGGAUGCCGGGAAUGGGAACGUCACCGUCUUAAAAGGCAUCGCCAGCCGCAGCGAGAUUGGCCUGCUGUCCCUCUUCGAGCACUACAACGUCUGCCAGGUCGGCUGUUAUUUGAAGACACCCAGGUUCCCCAUCUGGCUGGUCUGCAGCGAAAGCCACUUUAGCGUCCUCUUUUGCUUGAGGAAAGAUUUACUCGAGGACUGGAAAACAGAGCGGCGGUUUGACCUGUAUUACUACGACGGCUUAGCCAAUCAGCAGGAGGAGAUCCGCCUGACCAUCGAUUCAUCCCAGGCUGUCCCCGAAGACAAAGAGAGCGACCUCACCCCUCCACUUGAGCACUGCAUCCGGACCAAGUGGACGGGGGCUGUGGUCAACUGGAACGGCACGGAACCCAUCCUGUGACCCAUGCGACAGAGAGCGGGCCGAUUCCCACAUGUGCGGGAAGCCACACGGGUGCAGCGCUGGACUUCGCCACACUCGGCGCGGCUGGACAACGUGUGGUGGACGACGGCGGGGGUUCCUCUGGGGCACCGUGCAUGCCGCCUUUUGUGUCAACGGGCUGCACAAAGGUGGACCUGCUUGUGUGUGGGCUGUGUGUGUGUGUGUGUGAGAAAGCGGGGAAGCAACCCCGGCGGCCAAAAACAGGCUAUGAGAAAGAGCAGUAAAUCUGUCAGCAGCUGCUCACGCUCCAGUUUCGAAGUCCAACUCCACGUCCUGUGAUUGUAUCUACCGAACAACACUGGCUGCACCCACCUGUCUUUUUUAGCGUUGGCUCUUUGUCACCGUCUCCUCUCUCGGUCAGGGAAGCAGAAGCAUAAACAAAAUAGUGAGGCAAAAUCAUUUCCCCAAUAGCAGUACUAUGUUAAGUUAACUUAAUAGUUCCAAUGCACUUUGGACCAACGGCUACCCCGUUCAGUCCUGUCCUGCUUUCUUGCUCUCUUGUGCAGUCUGUCUGUCUGUCUGUCUGUCUCUCUCUCACUCUCUCUCUCUCUCUCACACACACACACACACACACACACACACUCUUCCUUCCGCCCUUCCUUUCUUGAACUGAUAUCGAUUCCUCUUGUCAUUACAUAGACUCCAGGCUCCUGGGAGACCAAGCCCAUGCCGCUGCCCUCUCUUAAUCGCAUUAAGGAAUAUUCUGUUUUAUCUAGGCUGCAGAAUAUUGCUUAACCAUGAGAUUUAUUGGCUUGGUUCGCGUGCAGCAGCAGCCCAAAGGACAGCUUAAGCAUGGCUUGCCGUUACAUGCAAACCCCCUGGACUAUGGUUUAGCUAUGGAUUGUUACUCAGAACAACCUAGGAAAAAUCCAAUGGUUUGUUGUCAGGUUUUGAACUCUGGGUUGUUUCUGUUCAACAACCCUUAGUUAAAUCACUACAGGGUUCACACAUGAUGACUGCCCAUGAUUUACCAACAACCCAUAUUGAACCCAUACUCUGAAUUAUUAAGUGCAGACCAGGCCAGUGGGUACAGGAGCUAGAUCGCUUUUUAAAAAGAGGGGGGUGAACAUCAUGGUUUAUAUUUUCAUAGUCUGUAUUUUCUGUGGCCUCAUAAACAGCAGAAGAGUUUAGCACCCCCAUAGCCUUUUCCUAGAGCCAUCGGAAUCAGUUCCAUAUAUUACAAGUUACUGUGUGAAGCUAGUUCAAAAUGUCAUCACUUUACCUGCUCUGGGCUGGCAAAUUAGCUCAGAUCCUGGCAGGGAACCCAGUGAUGUGAUGGCCCUGAGUCACGCAGGGAGUUUUAGCAGACAAUCCGGCUCAGUUUGGGAGAGGAUUCGCAAGGAAGAUGGCAAGCUGCGUGGUGACUGCAAACCCUCGGCUAGGUCUCCCCUCACAGAAGCACUUCCAGGAAUUCUAUACAAGGCAAACGUAUGCGAAAUAAAAAGCUCAGCCUUGGACCACGAAGUGUGGUUUAUGCCUUCAUGGAUCCGCUUCGCCAGUUAAGGAUUGAGCCAAGAAUGUUUGGAGUCUUUUCCUUGUGAAUGAAGUGCAAACUGCCUGGGACUGAAAUGUAACUAUAAUAUAGUCUGGGGUUAUGUUCUGCUAGGCUGGUGCAGUGCAAGAAGUUGCUGGAGUUUGGGAGGAAAAGGUUCAGGCAGGGUAAGCUUCCCCCAUUUGUGCCUUAGAGCUUGACAAGUGAAACAUGCAGCCCUCCAGGUGGUUUCAGCCAAAUCACCUAUAAUUUCUUUUCCUGCUAAUCAAAGCAAGCGCAUUCAAUUUGGGAGCAAUAUUUUCCAUGGCAUUGCUCCUCGAAGCUUCAGAAUUUUAAAAAUAUCUUGUUCUCAAUGGAUAUUUAAAUAUCAUUUUGCUAAUAAAAUUGGCCUAAUAAG